GAUUUGGUCUCUACGAAUACUUCAAGAACGUUUACUCAAAUUUACUUGGGGAUCAAAGGAAGACUUUGAUAUUCUUUCUAAGCAGCUCAUCCUCUGAAGUGAUAGCUAAUUUCGCUCUCUGUCCGUUUGAGGCUAUCAAAGUCCGUGUUCAAGCAUAUCCCCAUUUCGGGAAGGGCCUUGCUGAUGGAUUCCCCAAGUUAUAUGCUUCUGAAGGAGUCCGAGGCUUAUACAAAGGGCUUAUACCGCUGUUGGGCCGUAACCUCCCAUUUUCAGUGGUUAUGUUUUCAACAUUUGAGCACACAGUGGAUUUCAUGUACAAAAAGAUAAUCCAGAGAAGGAAGGAAGAAUGCUCUAGAAUGCAACAACUUGGGGUGACAUGUUUAGCAGGAUAUGCUGCCGGAUCUAUAGGUAGUAUUGUUUCUAAUCCGGCUGACAACAUCGUUGCGUCCCUUUAUAACAAGAAGGCUUUGACCCUGAAGUUGGCUGUGAAAAAUAUUGGUCUUGUUAAUUUAUUUACACGAAGUCUUCCUAUAAGAAUAAUGCUGGUUGGGCCCUCCCUAACUUUGCAGUGGUUGUUCUAUGAUACGAUUAAAGUUUUAAGCGGGUGGCCGACAAGUGGGCACAUAAGCUCUAGUACUAGCGAGAUAAAUCAUGUGUUGAAGUGAUAUGAAAUAAAGACUCGCUGCAGCUACUGAUGUUGAUCGCGAAGUUAAUGAAAUUACAUAAUCAUAUCAGAAGAUUGCGUGUGGUUCUCUGUAGAAAAAUUGUAUUUGGAUAUUUUCUUGCAUUUUUGGGAUGUGGAUCCAUUUUUCUUGGCUGUGCUGUGAUUGUUGUAGAGCCACUUGGUCUCUGAACUUUUAUGCCAAACUGCCAAAGUUCAGGACAUGAUUAUGGUGGAUAGGAAUAUUGGUAGAGCAUUUGAACAUACUGGUUUUAUAUGCCGCAAUAAGAGGAUGACUCUCCUCUCCUGGGCUGCUGCUGCUUGUGUCAUUUAUCUCAUUCAUAGAAAGAUAUAAACAAAGAUCUGUAACACUGACAUAUAUGAG